AUGUCCACGACGACACUCCUCCUCCUACCUCGAGAAAUCCGCGAUGAGAUCUACCGUAUGGUCCUCCUGCCGACCUCAGUACCAUAUCUUAUAGAACCGUAUGCAACCGAACACCAACCGCCCCUAAAACGCAAAGCGAAACACAAAGCCCAACGACUCCGAUAUGCAUCUAGUGUGCCAUUUAAGCUAUGUCUCGACCCUACACAUAUUUCGCCCUCCUGCUGCGAGUAUCAUGAAUUUGCGUAUAGAAACUUCUAUCACACGACGCUUUCGUUACUCCGCGUGAACAAACAAAUAUAUCGGGAAGCCCGCGAUCUCUUUUGGCAUAGCGUGACUUUCUACUUUCCAAUGUUCACCCUGUUUGACAGGUUGGCGGAAAACCAUGCAGUCAAGGUCCUGAAAGCUAUGGGACAGAUACCGAGCAGACUCGUACGUCGCAUGCGGAUCAAAAUGAACUCUUUGGAGUGGGGAACGAGUGCGCUGCCUAAGCUUCUUCAACUCCUGGCGAGUCGUGCUCGAUACGGAGAUUUCAGAUCGCUGGAGCUGUGUUGGGAUCAAUGGGGCUUUUUUCAGCUGGUAACAGUGAACUCGGGAAACGGUUUUGAAAAUUUGAUCGACCUGUACGAUGCGUUGUUGGACGGGUUGAGGAAAGGAAGUAUCGGUUGUGGAUAUGAGAGGGUUAUUCGCUUGCCAGCAGACAGUACGAAAGAGGACGCGACAAGAUGGAAGUUGGACCCCACAAAGACACGAGAUACGCUAAGAGUCUUACAUUUUGCAUGUGGUGGGAGUUUAUAUUGGGCAAACAAGUUAGUCUGGCAAAACUAUCAGCAAGUGGCUGAUAUUGACCUCGUAGAACCCUGA